AUGCGGCCGUGGAUCGGUCGAUCGUUUCAUUUGGACUUUUUGGUGUAAUUAAUAUUGCUUUUUCCUCGACAUGCUACCGACUACCGUGCUAAUAUUCUUCCCCCUCUAUAAGUACACUAGUUAAAUAUAUCCAAUUCCAACACGUCAAUCAACGGAGCAGCUAAACAUGGACGAGGCGCUUAACCGGACGGAGGCGGAGGCGGUGAGGAUGAGAGCGGAAACUAGCCGCAUGAAAGAGGAAGUGGCGGAAAUGGAAGCUGCUGCUGCAGACAAGGAGAAAGAGCUGGAAUUGGGAAGGGUGAAACUCGAUCGACUCCUUGCUGAUAUGGUGUUCAAGCAAGAAGUGGAGCAGGCUCUCCUGGAGAUUCUGUUCCCACCAAACUAAAACCACGACAUCGAGAUCGGAAGAAUGGUUGGCUCAAUGGAAUGACUAUUUCUUUUGCUCUCUUCUCAUCUUAUUUCUUAGGCACUAAAAUUAUGGAGUAGUCAUUCUAUUGAACCAAAUCUAAAAGUUCUCUUUAUGUCGAAAUAAAAAUUUGCCUUUUGA